CACACUGCCUCCAUCUUGAAUCUGCCUUGCUUCUUGAAAAAGUUGGUUCGAAGUUCCUCCAGCACUGUGGCAGAUUUUAGUCGGUAUAUUCAAUUCCGGCAGUUGCCCGUUUUCGAAUUCCGCACUUGAAGUUUGCACUUUUACUGCAUUCUGGGAGUCGACUCGCGGUGACAGCAAAGAAGAAUAGUGACGAUUUUUGCCAGGGGCGGAAGCACUUCGUAACAUCAAGGAGUGAGAACAACAGUAUGACAUUGCCGAGCAGUGCACGAGUUUAUGCGGACGUGAAUUCGCACAAACCUCGCGAGUAUUGGGAUUACGAGAAUUACGUUGUCGACUGGGCCAAUCAGGACGAUUACCAACUGGUUCGGAAACUUGGCCGAGGCAAAUAUAGUGAAGUGUUCGAAGCGAUUAAGAUUACCAACAAUGAAAAAUGUGUUGUGAAGAUUUUAAAGCCAGUCAAAAAGAAGAAAAUCAAACGAGAAAUCAAGAUUCUAGAAAAUUUGCGCGGCGGCACAAAUAUUAUCACUUUACUGGCUGUGGUAAAGGAUCCGGUUUCACGCACACCGGCUUUAAUUUUCGAGCAUGUUAAUAAUACGGAUUUUAAGCAGCUCUACCAGACACUUACCGACUAUGACAUCCGGUACUAUCUGUAUGAGCUGUUGAAGGCAUUAGAUUACUGUCACAGUAUGGGAAUUAUGCACCGCGACGUCAAGCCACAUAAUGUGAUGAUCGAUCAUGAGAAUCGAAAACUGCGGUUAAUUGACUGGGGAUUGGCUGAAUUUUACCAUCCUGGCCAGGAAUACAACGUUCGUGUCGCUAGUCGCUAUUUCAAAGGACCCGAACUACUCGUCGAUUAUCAAAUGUAUGACUAUUCGCUCGACAUGUGGUCUCUUGGGUGCAUGCUUGCCUCCAUGAUAUUUAGAAAAGAACCAUUCUUUCACGGUCAUGAUAACUACGACCAGCUGGUACGCAUUGCCAAGGUCUUGGGCACCGAGGAUCUCUUUGCGUAUCUAGACAAAUACAACAUUGAGCUAGAUCCUCGCUUCAACGAUAUCCUCUCCAGACACUCCCGUAAACGAUGGGAACGCUUCGUACACUCGGAAAAUCAACAUCUAGUUUCGCCGGAGGCAUUAGAUUUCUUGGACAAAUUGCUUCGCUACGAUCACUAUGAGCGUCUGACCGCCAAGGAAGCCAUGGAACAUCCCUACUUUGCGAUCAUCGUUAACGGCCAAAUGCCUCCACCGUCGUCCUCUAUGAAAGGCAGUAAUCAAUAAAAAAAAAUUGUAAUCAGAUCGAAUAACUACAAUAAACGAAGAAAAGCUUAAAAUUAAUUAUAACAAUGGCAAUGGAGCAAACUACUGUUUUUCGAAGUACUAUUUCGCGAAUUACCGGUAACCUAAACAAAAGCUGGGCCGACCACGGCCGUAGUAAUGGCUAGCUGUAACUGCUUCUGGCGAAAUGGAUAGUUUACAAAGAUCAUUGCCGUGUUCCAUCUUACUCAAACUCAAUAUGUUGAAUGAUUGCAGUAAAACAGUUCAUAUAUAUUUUCGCUAAGUUAUAAAAUGUAUAUGUAAAUUUCUCUUUACUAGUGAUGUUUCAGAACCAUCUCCAUUCAGUUGAACCCACUCUACCACAAAAUGUGUAAUAAAAAAACAUAUAAUCAAUUAAACAUUUCGGUAAUGUACAUCAACAAACAAACCGCUGGUACUCUUUCAAACUCCGCUUUUAGGUCAAAUUAGAUUGAGCGAAACCAUAUGAACCGAUGGAAGCAUAAUUAUUAUAGAGCUUAAUUAAUUAUGGAGCAAAUAUUAUUACGUUAUAAUUUGAACCAACAAUAAAAUGAAAACUAAAAUUGUGUUGUUAACGAGAUCGAUAGUUUUAUUGCUUCCCUUCGAUGACGCAUUUGUGGCCUAUCUAUAGAAUGCUGCACAAAUGCCAGUCAUCGAGUGCAUUUAGGAAAGUUUAACACCAAUAAGUGUAGGUAACCUAGUGUUGUUUUCAUGGAAAAUGAUUUGUAAAU